AUGUCUUCAAGUUCGUCCAUCGUCAUGGAGGACAAGGAUACGAGUGUGGCGGAUGAUUUCCACUUGGAGAAAUAUGGCUCACUGGUGAUUCCACUGGAAUCAAAUGAGGCACGGGAAUCAACCGACCGAGUGGCGGGUUUCUUUCCCUUCAGGCGAUGGGUGGAUGGUCUUCGAUCCAAGAAGCGCUAUCGCUCUGACCAGCCCUCCCGCUACGUGGAUGGAUGGCCCGAGAUUUUAGAAGACAGAAAACGCGACACAGAUUUCGAUCUCGCUUGCUAUACCAGGCUUCCGGAACCACAGUGGGAGAGUUCAUCGGGGACUUCAUCGAAUUUAGGGACAGUCCACACGGCUACGAUGAGUGUUGCUAGCCAGAGUCUUUUGAGAUCGCGAGCGACGACGCAGACCACGAGUAAUCAUAGCGCAGGAUCAGAACAGCGUGGCUCUAUCGACAGCUUAAGACCAGCUUUUAGGUUUUCUAUCGACGAGGAGGCGCAAGUUCGUGCCAUCAAGAGGCGUGAGGUCCUUCGAGAAAUUGUCACGACUGAGGCAGACUACGUUCUGUUCUUGUUUUCGGCUCGACCCGGGGUUUACCACAAUGUACUCGACAUUCGUGAAACACAUGAGACCUUCCUCACGCAGAUCCGCAGUGUGGCACCUCCGUCCAGCUUUGCUAACGGAACUGUUGACGUAGCCAUGUCUAAUCGAGUACAUAUGCACCGCGGCACAGUUGACCUGAGUCACCUCCGCAUCAGAGCAUUCCAUAACAAGUCGUUGAGAACGCGAAAGUUCAAGACAUCCAUGGACCUACGCUUUAGGGCGCUUGCAGCGGAAGCCAGUGCAGCCCUAGCCGUCGCGAAGGAGAUUGGAAAGUUGUCGCUCUCUCUAGCUGCCUACGAGGAGUUCUGUAACAAUUACCAGCAGCUAGAGCAGGACAUGUAUCUCUUGCGGCGAACGGUUUCCAACUGGCCGAUCUUUGACCAAGGUAUAGAAGCCUUGUCAAAAUGCGGUGCUUCCAAUGAAAUCCAGGGUCUAGAAAACAAGUCGAUGACCAUCAAUGAUCUCCUUAUCAAGCCCAUCCAGCGUCUUUGUAAAUACCCGCUGCUGCUCCAAGAACUGCUCAGACAUACCCACAUCCAAGACAGCCCUUCUGCACAUGAUGGGAUCAGGCAAGUUCUGGAGACCGUGCGCGCCCGAGUAGGGCGUAUUAACGAGAUCCCCGGAAAUCCAGUCAACAAGGACCUUCUUCACAAGACACUCCUACUCCAAGCUAUGUUGGAGUUCCCUGCUUCGGGAGUUGUAUACAAUGUUUAUAAACAGCUUGGUGCAAUGGUAUUAUGUGGCGUCCUCCAUGUCACGUACCAAUCGGCAGCGACUAUCACUGGCAGCUUCAUGGUCUGCGUCCUGUUCGGAAGCCACUUCUUUCUAGCCCAACCAAACGAUAGCUAUCGGAAGCUCCAACCCCUCCUCUGCUUGUACGUUUGCGACAUCAAGAUCGAUGUAAUGAGGAACCGCAAAGGACUCUGCUGCCACGGAUGCUUAUACUCUUGGAAGUUGGAUUUCCAGUACCAAGGCAACAGAUAUGAACUUGUGCUGAGCGCCUCGUCCGCAACGGAAGCAAUGCGAUGGAACACCGAGAUGCUCAAGGCUGCUUCAGGACUUGCCGAGGUAUCCAAGUCCACUCUGUCAGAGCUACGUGACACUUCUUUACUGUCGAUGGAGCUCAAGGCGUUGGAUGGCGAUCCCUCUUUGACGUCUCAUUUGACACGCAGGCCUUCGAUGAACUCACUGAAUCCCUCUUGGUCCCAACCUAACAUGCAACAUAUGAUCAUCAAGAAAACGCACAGUCCGAACCAGACGGAGGAGGCCAAACCGAACGAUAGCGAGAUCGAGCGGUUGAACGCGUGCAACGCGUGGCCAACGCUGACGUUAAUCGCUAAGAGACAAGAACGGAUCCGACUGGAGCGAUAUAUCCGCUGUAUCUAUACGCGACACAUCUUGCCAUACCCCGGGAUGGUUUCCGCGAAAGGUGACAUCUUACGUGGAACGGAGUCCCUCAUGCGGCGCCUCAGCUACCGUCCGGGACUGUAUAGGCGUUCGAGCUCCGUGAAUAUCCCUCCACGGGAUUCGGCUGCCGUUUACAAUCGGGCACGCAAGGGAGCUACCGACGACAUCUACUCCGCCACGAGUAGUGGAAGGCAAGAUACAUUCAAGUUCAAGGUGUCGCACGCGAAAGAAAGACACGUCGAGACGGCUGCAAAGGGCCCGGGAACUGUGAGGAGGACGAAGACGCUACGAUGCAAAGGCGUUAGCGGAGCAGCCUCUACGUCCACCCUGCCUUCGCCCAAGAAAAACGGGGAUAGCCCCGAGACCCCUGAAUUGUCAUUCAAAACCUCGAUUCGCACGAUGUUCAAUUCUAUAUCCCGUAGAAGGUCAAAGAAGAAUCCUCGCGUGGAUGCAGGCAGUGGGGUAUGGUGA